AUGGGCACAGCUGCAGACCGUGUUGGAAGACAGCUAGUCAGCCUAUAUGAAAGCGAACAAACCAGCAUUUUCGGUUUGGCAAGCUAUCUGGAGUUCUGUCCCCAGAGACUGCCGCAAAGUAGUUGCCUAGUCGACUGUGUGGCGAUAUAUUGCGCAAGCUGGGUUCGGGCCAACCGUGGUCGUCCAGUCAAGGAUGUUCUUGGAUCCCAUCUCUUCAAAAAGGCCAUCAGGAGUCUGCGAAGUGCGACUACUAGCAACGAGGCAUACACCCCAGAAAUCCUAGCUUCUAUGGUACUCUUCGCUCGUGUACUGAGCUUUACCGGGGAAUAUGAGCACAGCCAACUAAGAGACCAUCAUCUCGGGAUCCGUCACGUCGCUCAGCAAAUGGGUCUACCAAAUGACGGUGACUCACUACACGCGAAACUUAUUUCCGCGACCGCGAGCUCAAUGAUACAGCCAAUUACUGUAGGAGUGACCGCCAAUUUGAAAGAAUCACCUUGGAAGGAGCAAGAAGCAUUGGGCUACUCUCCAUUUUGGGAGAAAGACAGUGGAGAGGAAGAAGAGGAGGAGGAGGACACUGAAGCCGAUUGGAAUACACUAGAUGGAGUUCAUACGGGAUAUAACGAUGACGACAUAGCAGACGAUGAAAUAGCGGACGACGUGAUCGAAGCGUUUCUUGCAGCUGAGAGCAAAUUCGAGGAGGUUCAGGCUUACCUCGAGAGGAUCUGGUUGCCUGAAUUACUCGAAAUUUGGACGAACCCUCCUGAAACAAAAGAAAAAACCAUCUCACUUUUGAAAGCGAUAUCCAAGGUCGAAAGACUAUUUGGGAAGUCUCUAAGAAAGGCUUGGAGAGGCUGUCUCUCUGUGGGCCUUGUUGAGAAGUUUCAGGACCCGAAUUUCUUUCUCGGUCACAGCUAUUCCUUCGCGGGUUACAGGUUUACCGGAUCGUUUUUAACAAUGCUCGCAUGGCAGUCAUUUCUUUUACGGAUUCUUUACGAAUUCAACCAAUUGCUCGGGGUUCGAGAUGAAAAUCUAUAUGGCAAGUACCGUGAUUUGUGCGUGCGCAUCUGGGCAUGUGCUCCCAGCUUGUCCAAGUUAGACCCUGUCUCUAACGUUAGUAUGUUCAAAAUUAUAAUGCCGUCUUUUGAAAUUGCGACCGACGAGGAGCUUCGGCAUAUUAUAGACCUGAACAUAGAGUUGGUCGGACAUGGAGUGACGGGCAACGUGAAUAUACAAAAGCUAAGGCCGCAUAUCAUCCAGCUAGGGGAGAAAUUAACCGGGAGACAAGAGUUAAAGCCCGCAUGA